AAAGGCGGGAAACUGUCAGUCGAUAGAACAUCCGGAUAGACUGUUCCCACAGUUUAACGCUUUUAAUCAUUUCAUCAUGAUUUACAGAUCAUCAGAUAUCUGCGGCACAUUCUGAAGAUCUCCACCUUUGUGGGUCACGUAAACAAAAAGAAUUUAGUCUGCUUUGUCGUUAUUUGAGAGGACUGCAGUGAUUUCUCUGGGGUCGAGAUGGCCAAAGUAGCAGAACAAGCCUAUUACCGGUUUGUGGUCCUGUUUUUUAACUGUAUGCUGACUUUCGGCUCUUAUUUCUGCUUUGACAUUCCCAGUGUCCUGCAGGAGCAGUUUCAGGGGAAUUUGACAUGUCCAAACGGGACGGUGAGUAACAGCACUGCUAAUGGCACAGGAGCGUGUGUGGAAGGUUUGGGAAUGACGCCACAGGAGUACAACCUGCUUUAUGCCAUCUACGCCUGGACGAAUGCUGUGGUGGUCAUCAUGGCGGGAUUCCUCAUUGAUAAGUUGGGAAACCGCUUUGGUGUUUUCCUGUUCUCCUUCCUGACUGUGUUGGGAUCAGCUAUCUUUGCAUUGGGGUCUCAUUUUAAGGGCACGACAUACCUGUUGCCCCUCAUGCUGACCGGACGACUUCUGUUUGGUUCUGGAAACGGAUCCCUGACCAUUGUCCAAAACCGUAUCACGGCGUUCUGGUUCCGUGGGAAGGAGCUGGCUCUGGCGUUUGGACUGACUCUGGCCUUCUCCCGCUUGGGCUCGGUUCUGAACUUCUUCCUGACGCAGAGGUUUGAGUCUCAGUACGGUAUGCAGUGGACGCUGUGGGGAGGCACGUUCCUGUGUGUUCUUGGCUUCCUGUCGGCUGUAACGGUCAGCGUUCUGGAUAAGAUGGGCAUGAAGCAGUUGGGAUUGGAUGGAGUGAUUCAGGAGGAGUCACGCAAAGUGAGAGUUCAGGAUGGAUGUGGUCUGUCUCUCAGAUACUGGCUGCUGGUUCUUACCAUCAUGUUCUUUUAUAAUGGCAUCUUCCCCUUCAUCGCUGAUGCCAGUAAGUUUAUCCAGGAUAAAUACAGUGGGUACAGUCAGAAGGAGGCGGCGUACAUCGCAGGCGCUGUGUAUGACAGUUCACUGGUGCUGUCUGCUGCUGUCGGCAUCCUCAUCGACUAUGUGGGGCUGCGCGGUGUGCUUGCGGGGCUCUGUGCCGUGUUGACGCUGCCUGUGUUUGGUCUGCUGGCCUUCACGUUCAUCCCUCCUCUCAUAUCUACCAUCUGGCUCGGCAUCACUUACUCAUUCGCUGCUGCGAGCAUGUGGCCCUCCAUCCCGCUGGUGGUUCCUCAAGCCACACUGGGCACAGCGAUGGGACUGGCCACAUCCGUACAGAUGAUCGGCAUCGGCAUUUCUAACCUGGUGGUGGGACAGAUACUGGGAACCAAAUCCAGUGAUGUUAAGAUCCCGUUGUGGAGAUGGCAAUAUAUGAUGAUCUUUAUGCUGGCCAAUACCAUCAGCUGCAUAGUCACCUCUACCAUCCUCAACAUCGUUGACUACAGACAGGGAAGCACUCUGAAUAAGACGUCUAAGAGGUCAGCGGCUCAGAGCGCUCCUGCUCAGACCGACAGAGAACCGCUGAUGAAUGAAGAGGACAACGAGGAGAUAAACGACGCUCCAUCCAUCAACAGGACAUAGAGGAAUCGCUCACGUUCUGUCUCUCGUGUCAUUGGACGUUACUAAAGGGAAACACGUGCUCUCAGAAACGUGUCAUAUGAUGUUCAGUAUUAACGCUAACAUAAAGACUUCAGGUACCCUCAUUUGAAGAGUUUCACUUUUUAGGCCAGUCCUAAAACUCUAUGAUUGACUACCACGUUUAAUGUAAUACUUUAAAAAAUGUGAAAGAUCGGUAAUAAUUUCUUAUGCAUUAUGGAAGCUGGUAUGGAAAUAUUGACACUCAUCUGUUUUAUAACAUCAAACAAACAUCGCUUGUUAUUGUGUGUUAUUGUCCUACUAAUUUGAGGAAAUCAGAGGGUUUGUCUAAAUUUAUUAUGUCAUGUCAUUUUAAAAACAAAAUGGGUCAGAUUCACGCAUCAUGAAAUUUUAACAUUGCCUUUGAACUUGCAUUAAUGGCUGCUUACAAAAUGAUUGAAUAAUAUGCAUUUUGCAAUUUUUAAGGUUUUUUUAAAAAUAAAAAAUAACGUUUUGUGC